AUGGCAGCUAAAAAACCUAUUGCUAUGUUAUUGGAAGCUAUUGAUAACCAUAAUAUCGAACAAAUGGAAUCAGCAAUACGAGACUAUGGUGUUAGCAUCAGGCAGCCGAUUGGGGCGGAGAAAUUAACCAUUAUCCAACGAGUCGUCAUUCGUGGAGCACUUGAGUGUCUGCACUGGUUGUUAUGGCAUGGAGCUGAUGCAAAUGAUAAAACACCACAAGGAUGGACAGCUGCACACUUAGCUGCAAUUAAAGGGAGAAGCACAUGCUUGGAGGCCUUAUGUAACAAUGGAGCUAGUAUUAAUAAUAAGGAUUUAAAAGGUAACACUCCAGCGCAUCUAGCCUCCAUUCAUGGUAAUGCUCAUACCUUGCAAACUAUACUGCGAUACGGUGGGGAUACACAUGCGCGAGAUAAUGAGAGUUGGAAACCUGCUCACUGUGCAGCAUUCUUCGGAAGGCUUGGUUGCUUGCAGGUACUUCGUAAAUGGGGUGCUAAUUUUAAUGAAAUUGAUGAUCAAGGAAAUACUGCAGCUCAUCUUGCAGCAAAAGAGGGCCACUUGGAAUGCUUAAAAUUUAUUAUAUGUAAAAGUGCAAGCAUUGACUUCAUUGUUAAUAGCAGAAACAAUCAAGGUGAUGCUCCUAAAGACAUUGCUUUGCGCUUUUAUAAAGAUCGCUGUGUAGAGUAUUUGAAUGCUGUAGGCAUUGCUUUUCCUGCUCAUGCCGCAGCCUUUUACGGUAAUUUGGAAAAGUUACAAACUUUAAUCGAAGAAGGAGUUGUAUCUGUUGAUGAACAAGAUAAUCAUGGUUCAACCUUAGCUCAUAAAGCCGCCGGUAAUGGCCACAUAAAUAUUUUAAGAUGGCUCAUGGAACAAGGAUGUGAUGUCACAAUUAGAAAUGAAGCAGGUGAAACUCCAAAAGACGUUGCAAAACGUUAUGCACAAAUGGGAGCAGUGGAGCUAUUAGGCGGAGAAGUCGCUGAUGAAAUUAUUGAAGAUGAGAAUCUAGAUGAUGCUAUGGAAUUGAAUGAUGAUGAAAAGAUUGAAGCCCAAGGGCGAGCUAGUCAUCGCAUAGAAGAAUUAAAAAGGUUACUCAAGAUAGCUAAAGCAAAUUAUCAUCAGCUAGGUGGACUGUUGGAUGAAGAUAUUGAAACUAUGGAUAAACAAGCCGAAUACGAAAGGACAAUAACGGAGUUAGAAGCUCAGUUAAAUUAUGAACGUAGUAAAAGGGAAAAACUUGAAGCAAAGAUUGAUCAACUGAACACUAAAAUACAUUUACUCAACAAGCAAAUUGACGAUGUAACCAAUAAAUACUCCGAAUUGCUGAAGGGUGAAAGAAAUACUCCUAAGAAUAACUCUACAAAUACCACCGUGGCAAAGUCGUCGUUAAAGAAAAACUAUAGGAGAAGUUCACGAGAUGGUGGAAUAUUAUUAGAAAGAACGCCAUCAAAAUCCAAGGCAAUUGAUAUUUUUUAA